UACUUGAACAGGAAAAUUCAUGGCGCUUAGGUAUAUAGUUUCGUAACAACAACUUCUUUUCGUCAAUCAUCUCUAGCAUCCGAGAUGGCUGAUCUUGUUACUCUCAUUUCUCAAUACGAUAUCCUCGAGCUGAUGUCCCACCAUCUUGCGGCACUCGACCUCCUUCGUCUGGCAUCGACAAACUCGAAUGUCUACAGCUUUAUUCGCAAAUCGGAACCCAUCUUCGAUCGCCUGAAACGAGUAACUUUAUGCGACGGUCACGGUCUUAAAGCUCGUCAAGAUUACAAAGGCAUUUAUGAAUUGCCUAUCUAUGAUGGCAAGAGUGCAGAUGUCAUGGGCAGAAAGAUGCCUUUCGAUGAAGAACUUGAGGUUCGGGUGUGGAACCGUACUUGUGAUCCGACAAACGGGCUCCCCUGUCUCAAAUGCGGCAUCAAUGUUUGUGAGGAAUGCCGAUUUGUGCCCCGCGUUAAAUUUAUGCCCAAUGAACGUGGUCGUCAGAAACAGCACUUCGCUUUCACUCCAUAUCCUAUAACAACUUAUGUUAUGUGCUUCUGCACGGCCUGCGAUGAGAAAGUCGAACGCGGUCUCCCAUUUUCACUCUCCGAGUACUGUGACUGCGAUCAGUACAAGCGCUGGAUAUGCCUCCCUUGCAAGGUCAAAGAAGAACAGAUGAAUAUAGAGUAUCUCAAGACAAGGACAAAGGUGAUGCCUGGUGAUGGUUCUCCGGAGGAAGGCACGUGGUUUAAAGAACGUUAUGGGGAAUACCUAGCGAUUUGGUGCCCUUGUGGAGAAAGAGCUCCUUAUGGCGCAAAUAUUCGAUGUUUGUGCUGCAAGAGGAGGCACAAUUUAGACACGUGGAAGAGUAGUAGAGCAUCCCUAACGCCAUUUAAUUCUGACCCUUGCUACCCUGGAAUUGAUUAUGAUGGUUGGGGAAAUCAAAUAAUGUACCCAAGGAUGGGCUAUAAAGGGCCCAUUGCUCCAUGAGUAGCACGAGAUUGAGAAAUGAACAGAGCAUAAUGGUACUGUUCUGACCUGCGAGCCGAACAACGUCAAUCUCGCAAGUGAGAUGGAUGGCUGGAGAAGUUAGUGUUUUAUUGUUGUAGUCUCGAGUUCUGAAGCUUCAAAUUCAUG